UUAUUUUAUUUUUGAAUUUGUUUUCAAUGAUAAUAAAAGGUUUCUGAGUUGAUCAUGUCAAUGAUAAAUUGUGCUCGAUAUACAAGAGAGAAAUUUAUCAAGAGAAACACUGCGUUGAUUUAAAAAAUAUAUAUUAAUAAUUAUUUAUUAAAUAAAGUAUAACAUUAAUAAUUAAAUAUAUUGAAAUAAUUUCUCUUUGAAAUUAUUAUUCUAAAUAAAUUACUGAAUGAAACGAGUCAAUAAUAAUUUUUUUUAUUCAAUAUAAAGUCAACAUCAGUUUGCAUGCAAUCUUUGGGUCAAAUAAAGAAUAUAAAAUUAUAAAAAUAAUGAUAAAUUAUAACAUCAAUUGCUAAUAAUGAUAAAAAAAAAAACUUAUCAUUAAAAUAUUUAUUUGAAAUAAUAAUAUCAAAAAUUAAAUGUAAUCUUAUAAAAAUAAUAAAUAGAUAAAUUUUUAAAUUGAAAACAAAAAUAAUGAGGUCUAAAAAAUUGAAUAUAUUUCAGAUAAUUAGCAAACAAAAUAUAUACAAAAAAAAAAAUAAUUAAAUAAUUACAGUAUUUAGUUAUUAAAAAAGCAUAAAUUUAAAAGAAAAAAAAAAGUACUAGUCGUAAAAUUUCAAUGAGAUCAUGAGACCUCCUACCAAACACAUGUAUCGUGCAUGCACUGGACACGUGAAAAGUCUGGCACUUGAUGAGAAAGAUAGAAAUAAAAAAAAAAUAAAUAAAACAUAAUAAUAAAAUAAACCGAAACGACAUAAAAUAAAUUUUAAAAAAAUAAGACAAGUUUCGAAAUAAAAUGACGUAUUUCGAAAAUAAGAUGGAGAAAUUAUUUCUACCAAAUUUUUUUCUUCAAAGAAAAAAAUUAAAAAUACAUAAAAAAUUUUAUGUUCUUUUUUCUGAGUCUACAAAAAAUUCAAAUCUUAUUAAAAAUAAAUAAUUUUAUUUCUUUUUUCUUUGUUGUAAAAUAUUUAAAAAACAAAAGAAAUUAUUGUUGCCAAAAAAAUUUAAAUAAUAAAAAAAUUGUAAAAGUAAAAAUUUAUUAAAUAAAAUUUAAAAAAUAAUUACAAAAAUUAAUAGAUUUGUUUUUAUAUUUAAAAUAAAAAUUAGAAAAUUUUAUUUAAAUAUUCAAUUGUAACAAACAUAAAGAUAAAUAUUAUCGUUAAAUUUUAUUUCAAAAAAAAUUGUGUAAUAUUAUUAAAAAAACAAAAUUACAAUAAUUUAACAUUUUAAAAAUUUAUUUAUUUAUUUUGAUAUUUAAAUUUUAAUAAUAAAAAGAGAAAGAUAUAUACAUAAACACGGUGAUUAUUUGGUAUUUACUAUUUCGUAAUCAUGUACCAAGAAUACACACAGUAGAAACAAUCAUCAAAUUAACGCAAUGAUUUAUCCAUUAAGUCAUCAUUCAGUAACUUUAGAAUUACUAAUUUUCUCAUUAUUUUUAUUUCACUAAUUUGAAUAGGAGUUAAUUAAAAUUAAUUUAUAUUUUUUAUCUUUAUUGUUAAAUUAAUUUUUAAUCAAAUUUUCUUCAAUAUAAAUAUUAAUUUUCGAAUUUUAUGGCGAAAUUUAGGGGAAGAAAACUUCCCCUUCAAUGCAUAUAUCCACUAUUUAUCUACUACGUGAAAAUUUAGUUGUAUUAGUGAAAAACAUUUGCCCUUGGAAAUGUCAUUGUGAAAAAAAAAAAAAAAUACUCAUUUAAUAAUAAAAAAUAGUCCUUUAUAAAAAUUAAUGAUUGAAUUUAAUUAAAAUUAACGUACAAUAUUUUAUAGUUAAUUCAAAACAAGCAUAGUUUAAUUUAUAAAAAGAAUAAUAAUAUUAUUUAAUCAAUGGGUCAUAGGGUUUUUAUGAGAAUAAAUUAUAUGGGAGUAUUUUCGAAAAAUUUAGUCAAUAAUUCUCUACCGAAAUUGAUGGCAUUGAAUCGUUGUUUGAGCACAACAAUGUCGAGAACAAUGCUAAAAGAAUCACCAAACGCAGCUUUGGACAAAACAAUUAUCAACCGAUACAUGGAACUUCCUCAACCUGAUGGAAAAAUUCAAGCAAAAUAUAUUUGGAUUGAUGGAACUGGUGAAGGUUUAAGAUCAAAAACCCGAACACUUGAUUUUCUUCCAAAGGAUCCAUCAGAACUUCCUGAAUGGACAUUUGAUGGUAGUUCAACUUACCAAGCUGAUGGUGCUAACAGUGAUAUUUAUUUAAAACCAGUUGCAAUAUAUAAAGAUCCAAUUCGUCGUGGUAAUAAUCGUCUUGUUUUAUGUGAAACAUUUAACAGUGAUAGAACACCAACAAAAACAAAUCUUCGUUAUAUUGCAAAUAAAGGAAUGGAAGCAAUUAAAUCACUAGAGCCAUGGUUUGGUAUUGAACAAGAAUAUACAUUUCUUGAUUUUGAUGGUAAACCACUUGGUUGGCCAAAAAAUGGUUUUCCAGGACCACAAGGACCAUAUUAUUGUGGUGUUGGUGCUGAUAAAGUUAUUGGACGUGAUAUUGUUGAAGCACAUUAUCGUGCAUGUCUUUAUGCUGGUGUUAAAAUUGCCGGUACAAAUGCUGAAGUAAUGCCAUCACAAUGGGAAUUUCAAGUUGGUCCAUGUGUUGGUAUUAGUGCUGGUGAUGAUUUAUGGAUUGCAAGAUUUUUAUUACAUCGUAUUGCUGAAGAUUUUGGUGUUAUUGCAACACUUGAUCCAAAACCAGUUAGUGGAAGUUGGAAUGGUGCUGGUGCACAUACAAAUUUCUCAACAAAACCAAUGAGAAAUGAUGGUGGUCUUGCUGAAAUUGAAAAAGCUAUUGCUAAAUUAAGUAAAAAACAUGAACGUCAUAUUGCUGCAUAUGAUCCACGUGGAGGAAAAGAUAAUGCACGUCGUCUUACUGGUAUAUGUGAAACAUCAAGUAUUCAUGAUUUUAGUUCUGGUGUUGCUAAUAGAAAUGUUAGUAUUCGUAUACCACGUGGUGUUGCUGAAGAUGGUAAAGGAUAUCUUGAAGAUAGACGACCAAGUAGUAAUUGUGAUCCAUAUGCUGUUACUGAUGCACUUGUUCGUACAUGUCUUCUCAAUGAAUAAGUUAUUCAUUUAUUAUUCCAAUGGAUUUUUAAUUUUCUUUUUUUUUUUUCUCUCCAUAGUUUAUUGUCG